UGUCAUGCAGCCAGAUCCCAGGGCUGAAUUUCCAAGCCCUGAAUCUGACUUCAUAACAUAAACAUGCGAGCACCUGGCGGGAGAAGAUAAAAUGAGCCUGGGAACUCAGGGGUGAAAGUAUAAACAAUUAUAAUUGCUGUAGUGUGGGGGGGAUAGAAACCUUGGUGGAAAUGUGAUCCAGAAGGUGGGGUUUGAUGAUGAUAUUUGCGUGUGAUAUUACGUUGCAUCAGAAGUGAUAAAAUUAGAGGUAUGUAAACAUUAGGUCAUUCUCGACUUUUCCAAAGUCAUGUAUUCUUCAAUAAAGAUUGUGUUUGAGAGCAGCUGUCUUUGAUCUGCGUUCAGACUGGUCCUUUGAAGUAAGCCUGACAUUAAAGUCGAGAAUCCCAUUUCUCACCCUCCUGCGGAAUUCGCAGUGAAGUGAUAAUGAGCGAGGAAGAAGAUCAAAGCCCAAAUGAGGCAGAGAGGCCUUUGCAAGGGGCCCGGCCGAAGAGAGAAGAGACGCUGCAAGCCAUAGCUUCCUCUACGGGGUACCCCAAGCCGAACGGCGUGACCCAGAGAAUUCCCAGGCUCGGAAGAGGCGUCUCUGCGGCUGCAGAAACCAGUUGGGGAUCUGGAGGAAGUAUGCCGGAGACCGUGGCCCUGCGGUUAUCCAUCCUGGAAACUAAUUUAUCCAGGCUGUCGGAAACCGUGGGGAGAUUGGUGCCAUUAUUGGAAGAGAAUCUCCAGAAGGAGGCCAGCCGAUAUGGCGCCGAGAGAGAACCAAGCAAAGAAGGAGAUUGGAGCCAGAGGGGCCAGCGGGCGUCAACGCAGAGUCCCGUGGCGGCAAGGGACGAGGGAGAUGAGGAAUACUGGCAGGAGCUGCAGUUCCGGGACAGCAUGGCGCGAGAAGUGGAGCGUCAGCGAGCCCUGGGGACCCUGAGGCCGCCGUCUCCAACAGAGCUCCCAACCCCCCGAAUGGGCGUCGGGGUGGAAAGGCCACUGGGGCCAGGGAUCGGGUCCAGUGGAUUCGCAGACGAAGGCGGAGAGGAGCGGGGGGUCCAGGAAGAGGAGGAGGAUGUGCCGUACGACGAGGAAAGGCGAGAUGAGGGGGCUACAGCUAGGCCAGUAUGCGGAUGGGCGGAAGAGCCGACAGCGGCGGCAGACUUCCAGGAGCCGCGCAGAAUGACCACCGGAGUGGGGCGCGGCGUGUUCCAAGGAGCCGCCCGAGGAAACCUGAUGCAACCCUUCCCCAUGCCGCCCAGACAACAUCAAAGGGCUGCAGAAUGGAUGCCUAGAAGGGAAGAUCUCAAGCUGGAAUACGGAGGGGAAUCAGAUGAACUGAACUUUUUUCUAAUUAGCAUUAGAGGAUACAUGGAAGACAACGCACACACAUUUCCCUCCGAAGCAAGCAGGGUUCGAGCCAUCGGCAACACACUAAAGCGAGGAGCGGCCAGCUGGUAUGUGCAAUUGCAUGCCAGACGCGACCCAUGCCUGAGGUCAGUGCCCCGCUUCCUCGCCGCACUGGAGAACCGGUUCAGAGACCGGCUAGAGCAAUUGAGGGCUCGAGACCAGCUGAAAGGAAUAAAACAGAGGGACAAAACGGUGCCCGAGUACGCAGAGGAAUUCCUCCACCUCGCGGAAAGGGUACCGGAGUGGUCUGAAGUAACCAAAGUGGAACUAUUUAAAGAGGGACUACGCCCCGAGAUUUUCAGCUGGGCAGCGCACAGAGACGACCCCGAGACGCUCCAGGGAUGGAUUCAACUAGCGGGGCGCGUCGAAUCUACCCUGGCCCAAGUAAAGCGCUUCAGGAGCAGCAGCGGCCAGCAAAGACCGGUGGCGAGAGGUCGAGGAGAAACGAGGAAGCAAGAAAGACCCGGAGGGAGGCCGGGGAUUCCCUCCAGAGGAGACGACAACAAACCUAAACCGGGAUGCUUUGUAUGUGGGAAGACGGGCCACCGAGCAGCGGAAUGCUGGGCCCGGAAGGGGGAGCCGCCAAAAGCCCCAAAACCCAAGCCAGCAACCGGGAGGCGUGCGGAGGAGGAGGUGCAGGCCCCAGAAUCUUCGGAAAGAUUGGACUAUGGUGAAAGAAGAACCGAAGAGGAGGACGAAGAAAACGGGGGCGCCAUGUCAUGCAGCCAGAUCCCAGGGCUGAAUUUCCAAGCCCUGAAUCUGACUUCAUAACAUAAACAUGCGAGCACCUGGCGGGAGAAGAUAAAAUGAGCCUGGGAACUCAGGGGUGAAAGUAUAAACAAUUAUAAUUGCUGUAGUGUGGGGGGGAUAGAAACCUUGGUGGAAAUGUGAUCCAGAAGGUGGGGUUUGAUGAUGAUAUUUGCGUGUGAUAUUACGUUGCAUCAGAAGUGAUAAAAUUAGAUGUAUGUAAACAUUAGGUCAUUCUCGACUUUUCCAAAGUCAUGUAUUCUUCAAUAAAGAUUGUGUUUGAGAGCA